AUGGCAUCUAUAUCACCAGCAUGGUUCAAAGAAAAACUCGCGCCAGACGGCUGCGUCGAGGAUGGCUGCCACCCCGACGAAGCGCAGGCUCUGCAGGAGUACAUCGAAGGAAAAACCACCGCUGAACAAGCAGCCUACACCAUCACGCGCCCCGUCGCGACCUCCGCAGAGCCCGGAGACAAUCUCCACCGUCUAUGGGGUCUUCUGACCGACGCGCUGGUCGAGUGGCCGUCCGCAGAAGAGACGUCUGCGUUGAUCCAGCUCAUGGCUGCCAUCGAACAUCUCCCCGAGGAAUCGCAUCUCACGGACCGCGCAAGAGCCUCGCUCCACCAUGGCCCUCCCUGGAACGGCCUCCCUGGGUUUGGCCACCAGUGGUCAGACGAGCACAAGCGUGGUGACUGGCGACGAACAAUAUCUGAGCAGCAGCAGAUAACCACCUCCGAGAGAGCUGCUCUCCGCGCUAAAGUGGUCAAGAUAGCCAGCAUCGAGGCCCAAAUGGUGGCCGCAGGCGUGGGCGGCAUCCCCCUCGACUGGGGGUACGAGUGCAUCAGCGAAGCGCUCGAACGCAGCGAUGCGGUCCUCGAUUUUGAGAUCCCUAUGGCAGCGGAGUGGUUCAAGGUUGCGGGCAGACUGAUCUAUGAAGGGGCAGUGCAUGGCGAGAGGAGCUGGGCGUUGGAGAAGAGGCAGGAUUUGUGGAAGGGCCAGAAGGAGAUGAGUCUGGUAAGAUGGGAGUUCUGGGAAGGGCGUCUACAAGGGCUGGCAGAGCAGAACGAGACGCGAGAUGCUGCUGAGGAGGCGCUUCGUGCGAUGCAGGUGGCGAAGAAGGAGUAUGUCAAUGGUGUUUCGUAG